CUGUUUGGAAACAAGUAAAAGAAGAGCAGGUUACAAAUAAGCUCGUCCCAUUCCGAUUCCAAUCACGUCUUUUUCUCGAACUGUGUGCGCGUCCCCUACUCCUCUGCGCCCGCGGCAUUUCUUAGUGGAGGCAGCCGCAUCUGUGAAGGAUGGCGAACCCGCUUUACGGCUACAACCCUAGCUACGGAGGACCAGGAGCGGCAAAUCUCUCUACCUUAUACUCUUCUAGGUCUAUCACUGAUCCCUAUUUGCCAGACUCCCUGCUCUCCUCUUCCCGCUACCUCACAGCCUCCGAUCGCCUCUCCUCUGAUCCCUCCGCCUACUCUUCAGCCGACCGAGCAUCUUUGUUUCUCAGCCAGAAGGACUCUCUGAGGUUCUCUUCCGCCGGCGAAAUCGCCGGAGCAGGAGUUGGUUCUGCCGGCGGUAUUUUGGCUGCCGCGGCCGCCAGAAUCUCUGCUGCAGCUGCGGCAGCGCCCGCGGCCGCCAGUUUGGUUUCUCGGGCAGCCUGGUCUACUGCCGACGCUGGGGCUGCUGUCGACCCGGUUGUUGCUAGCUUGAAACGCUCCAACGAAGCGCUCUACCAUCAGACUGUUUUGGGUGCUCAUAGCAUGAUUGGGCAAAGUGAAGCUUGGUUUUCUAACAACUCUUUAGCCAAGCGCCCUAGAUUCGAGAGUGCAAGCAAUUUGCCUAUUUAUCCACAGAGGCCGGGAGAGAAGGAUUGUGCCCAUUAUAUGCUCACAAGAACCUGUAAAUUUGGAGAUAGCUGCAAGUUUGACCAUCCUAUUUGGGUUCCUGAGGGUGGGAUCCCAGAUUGGAAAGAGGUUCCACUUGUUGCGAUUAGUGAAUUCCUUCCUGAGAGGCCUGGGGAGCCAGAUUGUCCGUAUUUUCUGAAAACUCAAAAAUGCAAAUUUGGAUUGAGAUGCAAGUUUAACCAUCCAAAAGAUCAGUUGGUGUCCUCGGGUACUACAGAAGAUGCUAGUGGUACUUCUUUGCCUGAGAGGCCAUUUGAGCCUCCAUGUGCUUUCUAUAUGAAGACCGGAAAUUGUAAGUUUGGUGGAACAUGCAAAUUCCAUCACCCAAAAGAUAUCCAAAUACCAUCAGCCGGACAAGAAAAUGGUACUGGUGAACAGACUCUGUCAAUGAACGUUGAUGGAAUGAGAGGAGAUGCAAUGCCAGUUAAGCCACUUGUUGUCACCCCUGCAUUGAUGCAUAACUCCAAAGGACUGCCUAUACGACCGGGGUACAAGAUGUUUCUUCUCAGGAAUAGAAAGGGAGAAGUGGAUUGCCCAUUUUAUAUGAAAACUGGCAGUUGCAAAUAUGGCACCAGUUGCCGCUACAAUCACCCAGAUAGAAGUGGUACUCAAGCAGCAAUCAAUCCACCUGCUGCUGCAAUUGGCCAUGCAAUUUUAGCCUCUCCAGCUACUAAUCUGAACAUUGGAGUUGCUAAUCCAGCUGGGUCCAUCCUACAGACUAUGGACCCCAGAAUAGCUCAGAUGACGUUGGGAUUGGGCCCAACCAUCUACCCUCAACGACCUGGGCAGAUUGAAUGUGAUUUCUAUAUGAAAACUGGAGAGUGCAAAUUUGGUGAACGAUGCAAGUUUCAUCAUCCUAUUGAUAGGUCAGCACCAACACCAUCAAUGAUGAAGAUAGCAGAACAAGAGAAUGUUACUCUCACUCUUGCAGGUUUACCCAGGAGAGAGGGUGUUAUAAUUUGUCCUUUCUAUUUGAAGACUGGCACAUGCAAGUUUGGUGCAACAUGCAAGUUUGACCACCCUCCUCCUGGAGAGGUCAUGGCUAGGGCAACGUCCCAAGAAGCAUCGAUGUCUUCCGGAGAAGGGGAAGGAAGAAGGGACGCAUAAAGCAGUGCAGAAGAGCAGCAGUGAGGUUACUUGCUCAGAUGGUGGGGCAGAUUGUCAGGGACUUCUUUUGCCUCCUUAUCACUGUGAACUGCGUUUUCUAGUUCUAAUUUAAUGGGAUGCAUCUGAUGAAUUAUAUUGGGGAUUGAUUCAUUGUAAUGCACAUUAUUGUAGAUUUGGAUUCAUUGCUCAACAUCCAACUUCUUGCUUUUUGCUUUUGGGUUUCCCAAGAAAGCUGUUUUGCUUCAUUUAGGGAUUGUAUGGAACAUCUCUUAGUGAUGUGCUACUUCAUUUUCCAAAGCCUUCAGGUUGCUGUUUUAAUUACGAGAUGCAUUAAUUCUGGCAAA